CCGGAGCCACCGCAGCCCCCCUUCCAGCUACUCCACGUCGUAGCCAUGACCAAGCACCUACUCAUCCUAUCGACCGGUCAGCAUGUGGGCAAGACGACGCUCAGUCUCGGGCUCGUGAAGACUCUCCAAGCCAAAUUCCAGGGCGCAGACAAGCUCGUGGCUUAUUGCAAGCCAGUGGGGCAGCAGCACGUGCCGGUGGGCGGCAAUCUGCGCGUAGACAAGGACGCAUAUCUAUUCAAAGAGCACUUCGGACUCGUACAGAACUACAAAGAUAUGUCGCCCGUCAUCUUCCCCGAUGGCUUCACGCGCGACUUUAUCGACGGGAAAGUCACGUCGCAGCAGCUUAUGGACUCCAUUCGAGUUGCGCACAGAAACUUGUAUGACCAGAGCGACUUCCUCAUAUGCGAAGGAACAGGACACACAGGUGUGGGCUCUAUCUGCGAGCUCAAUAAUGCACAAGUUGCAGCGGAGCUCAAAAUUGAUGCAGUUUGUGUGGCGCUGGGGGGACUCGGCUCAUCUUUUGACCAACUGGCGAUGAACCGGGAAAUGCUGAAGCAGAAUAACGUCAGGCUACGGGGCGUGGUCCUAAACAAGGUCAAUCCGAAAAAGAUGGACAUGAUUCAGGACUACUACUCACGAGCACUGAAGCGCUGGGAUGUCCCGCUUGUAGGUUGCAUCCCCGACCUGAAGGACCUUUCCUGCCCGACGAUGGCCGACUACGCCAAAUUGUUGAAGUCCGAUCUCAUCUCUGGUAAGGAUGCUAGUCUGCGUUAUUUCAGUAGUACGCGACUAGCAUUGGCCCCUGUGGACGGCUCGAAUCGCUUUAAGGCUAUCCCGAACCAACUUGUUAUUACACACAGUGGCCGUAAGGAUGUGAUCGACGCCAUCAUUGGCAAUCAGGAGGCAUCUACUUCGCAAGGCACGAACCUCAAGUCUGGUCUCAUUUUAACCGGGUGGAACCUGCCUAGUGCUGGACUCGCCCAGCGUCUUGACGCAGAUAACAUCCCGUGCAUCUACGUCUCGCCCGACAAAGCUGAUAGCUACAUGAUCACGGCUCGGAUCGCUCAGUUCACGGCCAAAAUCCGACGUGAGGACGUAGAGCGGAUAGACCUGGCAGCAGAUCAUGUCUCAAAGCACUGCGACUUCAGCUUCCUCGAAGGGUAA